AUGCCUUCACCAUUAUUCAAUAAGGGAGCCCGUCACCCAGAGGCUCUCCACACCCGCAAGCCCUCCCUCACCAACUCAGUCUCCAGCAGCGACUCCUCAUCAACACAAUCAACCCGCUCAACAGCAACCAUGCGCCACACAAGAGUCCUCGACUUUGACCCUCUCUCACUACACCCGACCUUCCACGCACCACCAAGACUCUAUGAGCGGCCCUUUAUCCACAACUCCCAGUCCAUCGAGGACGAGGUUAUCAACUCGUACUUCUCCAGCCAAGAGGCUGCCGCUGCCGCCGAAGACAAGGCAAAGGCUUCCUUCGCCGCCGCCAUGCCCGAUAUGCCCGCACCGCCCGUCGACUCGCCGCGGACGCCGAUCCAGCAGCAGGAGAGAUCCCGGGAACACGCCGCCGAGGGCGACGACUACUUCCUCUUCAAGGUCCAGCAGCACAUCGCCUCAACGAGACCGCAGCUGCCGCGCUCCCACUGGUCCGAGUCCACUAUUAACACCUUGGCAUCUCAGCAUGACGAUGACGACGAGGAGGAGGACUCCUCCGAGGACGGCAGCUUCGUCGACGAGGAGAGGCCUGUGAGGGAAUCGCAAUGGCAGAACUUUUCCAUCAAGCGCGGCUCGCCUGCGACUGUACGACGACCGGCAAUGAAGUCCCUCGAUAGCGUCGAGGACUUUAUCAAACGCGGCGGCUGGAAGAGGCGCGGCAUUGUCUUUGAGCAAGAAAGCGCCCGAACUUCCAAUACGUUGUUCUAA